ACAUAAGAUUAAUAUAUUCUAAUAAUGUGUGACUUUGUGGAUGCAAUAAAAAGACCACUUUCUAUACCUCCACGUUUUAUAGCUUAUUUAGAAAAGCAUAAAAUAUAUGAAUUAUUUCAGGAACUUGCUAAGCAAUUAAUAAUUGAUCAACCAGAGGACCAUAUUCUUUAUAUGAAACAAUGUUUAGAACAUGCAGUAAGAAAACGAGAUAUUCCAAGAAUUAUUCUUCUAGCACCACCAAUCUUUGAUAAAAUGGCUUUGGCAGAAAUUUUUCGAAAAGAAUUAGGACUUCAACCGAUCACUGUGGAAGAUCUUCGUGAAAAAAUUAUUAAUAAGAACUACGUAAAAAAGCCUGAAUGUUUACGCAAAGGAUGGGUUUUAACGAAUUACCCAGUUACUGUAGAAGAUUUUAAACUCUUGGAUAUGAUUGAUACACCCCCAAAUAAAGUAAUCUUUGUCCAAGUAAGUGAAGAAAUACGUAAAGAGAGACUUUUAAAUCGUCGAUACAACAUUAUCACCGGAAGCAAGCAUAGUCUUAUUUCGUGCGAUGAUUAUAAAAAGAAAUUUGACUGUGAAUUAGGCGUACACCCUAAGGAUUAUGUUAAUGUCGUCAUAGAAGAAAUACGUGAAUACGACAAUAAUGUCGGAGAAAUGUUGGAAUAUGCCGGAGAAUCAGCUUUCGUAAUCGAUGGAAAUACUGACGAACAAUCAGUCAGAGAAAGUGUGGAGGGUUGUUUGAUGCAAUCAAAGAUGUACAGUAAACCUAGAGAACCACAACCAACAUCAAAAAUUGAUCUACGUGAUGUAGAAUUUGAUCCAGAUGAUGAACCUGAUAUAAGUAUUUUUGAUACAAUAAUGCCACCUGAAUUUAAAUAUUCUUUUAUAUAAAUUAUAUUUUUUUUUCUAUCAACUAUAAUAGUAAAAAAGAA